AGAGGCAAGUACGCGGACGAGGAGUGUUUCAGCAACCACCUGAACCACGUGGUGCUGGUGGUGGGCUACCUCUCUGCGGGCUCCGACCCCUCCACCUCCGUGCUGGCGCCCUUCUGGAUCAUCCGCAACUCAUGGGGCACAGGCUGGGGCGACCAGGGCCACAUGCGCAUGGACAUUCGCAGUGGCGACGGCAUCUGCGGCAUCAACACUCUCCCGGGCCUCUUCCCUGUUGUUAGAAGCAGUGCUGAUCCGUGUGGGUCACGCUCCUUCCAGUACAGCAUUCAAGGCCCCACCUUCAACCCGUGUGGGCGGUAUAACUGCAGCAAGAAGGGCACCAGCAAUCGCUGCAAGUGCACUGACGCCCGCUUUGCUCAAGUCAAGAACACCGAUGGGUCGUACACCUGUGCCUAUGGUAACACAAACCAUGGGAGGGUCACUGGUGAUGUGCACAUGCACGCGCACUCACAUGCUCUUCCCAUCCACCUCCCUAUGCCCUCUGUCCAUGCUCCUCAUGCAUGCGCACAUGCCGCCCCCACUUUUCUCUCUUCGCCUCCAGUGGACGUGUGUGGGUCCAGCACUCGCAACCCAUGUGUGGUGGGCACGUGUGUGAACGAUGGCAAGGGCAGCUACUCCUGUGUGUGUCCCCCGGGGUUCAUCCAGGGCACCACCCUCGCCAACACCGCCUCCUGUGCUCCGGGUAACACCCCUCUGCUGCUCUCCUCCUGUGCUCCGGGUAACACCCCUCUGCUGCUCUCCUCCUGUGCUCCGGGUACCUGCUCUCUCCUCCUGUGCUCCGGGUACCUGCUCUCUCCUCCUGUGCUCCGGGUACCUGCUCUCUCCUCCUGUGCUCCGGGUACCUGCUCUCUCCUCCUGUGCUCCGGGUACCUGCUCUCUCCUCCUGUGCUCCGGGUACCUGCUCUCUCCUCCUGUGCUCCGGGUACCUGCUCUCUCCUCCUGUGUUCCGGUUACCUGCUCUCUCCUCCUGUGCUCCGGGUACCUGCUCUCUCCUCCUGUGCUCCGGGUACCUGCUCUCUCCUCCUGUGCUCCGGGUACCUGCUCUCUCCUCCUGUGCUCCGGGUACCUGCUCUCUCCUCCUGUGCUCCGGGUAACCACCCCUCUGCUGCCCUCUACUGCCCUCCUCCUGUGUUCCGAGUUGCAACCAUGUUCUGCCCUCCUCCUGUGUUCCGGGGUAUCACAUGCUCUGCUCCUCUGCGUCUCAACUCAACCUUGCGCGUCAACUCCACAGUGCAACCCUGCUCUGUCUUCUACACCACCUUGCUUGGCGACACGUGCACGGGAGUGGGGCGGCAGGUGGAGCUGUGUGGGGCGGCGGCGUCGGAUGCGGCGUGUGAGGCGGCAUUUCAGGCGCUCAACCCCGCUGUGGACUGCUCCUCCCUGAGGCCCUCCCAGGCCGUGUGCAUCGAGAGGGACCCCGGGGUGGCGAAUGUGACAGUGGUGUGCGACCAGUACUACCGGGCGCGCCUCAACGACACGUGCGACAGCAUCAGGCAGCUGGCCGAGCCUCCUCUCAGCCCCGUGGACUUCUACCGCCUCAACCCCGGCGUCAACUGCAACCAGCUCAUCCCCCUCAAGAACCACUCCCGCUCCGCCACCACCUUUGGUGCUGAGUAUGGUGCACGCAUUGUGGUGAAUGGGUAUGAUGCAGCAAUGUGGUGCAAUGUUAUACGGGGAAGAGGAGACUCGGGAUACAAUGUAGUUGAGCGAUUGAGUGACACGGCCAAGCCAACUUGGUAG